GUACCGACUUAUGAGAGCGUGCUGGAGGGAAGACCCGCGACAACGACCCAGUUUCCAGCAGCUGGUACACACCCUUGACAUUCUCAUCCAGAAAAUAAACGGCCGGAAUUACCUUGAACUUCACGCCCAUGGGCUGAAAUCUUCACACCCGCUUCCUGUGACCAGAGAGGACAUGGACGACCAGAAAACAUCUUUGGAGUUUGUGUACAGAAACAAGGGCAACUACCAGUCCCGCCACACAUGGUGUGAACCGCCCUACCAUAACAUGACCAUUACCAGCAACUUGCUCAACAGAUACGACCACGUUCUCUACAACGACAUCUCCCCGAUGACCCCUGCACUCACCGACAACUGCGAGGACGCCAUCAGUAACGGCAGCACAGCCACUUCCGGCUUCCAGAGUAUGUCGUCUGCCCAGACUUCUUCGUCUGCACAGACUUCCUAG